UUACUAAAGCAAAAAUGAAAGGGUAUGCACAACCACCAAAAAAAAAGAACGUACAAUCUUCUAACAGAAAGCAAAAUAUAAAUUAUGUAGAUGUUAAAAGAACACCUAAUCAUAGUGAUACAGAUGAGACAUAUAAUAAUGCACAAGAUUCUUUUUACAACAAUGUUGAAAGUGUUAAUAGCGAUAAUGAUAAGAAUGCACCUAAAUCUGAUAACUUAACAUCUACUGAUCUCAAUCAAGAUAACACAACAACCACUGAUUUUACCUUCAGGAUAUCUCAAUAA